AUGAAGGUUGAAACUAGUGCUGCUUUAUUCGCUCUCUUGAGCGUGGCAUCUGCCCGCCCUGAUGCCGUCAAGAUAUUCAGGAAGACCCACACUCCUAUCGGUGCAUCUGCCAAGUUUAGGCGUGAGGUUCCUCAGGAGCAUUCCCACGAGAAGUUCCUUACGGGUGUCGGCCAGGCCUUAAAUUUGAACAACGUUGACCAGGUCCAAGAUCCUGUCUUCGCUCUCCUUGGAAACAAGGCUGCUGCUCAGGGUGCCGGCCAGGUUCAGGACUUGGACUGCCUCCAACAGCGAGUUGCCGACCAGGCUUUCACCAACGCCAAGGCUGCCAACGAUGUUGAGGGCAUGACCAACGCGCUGAUCUUCCGUGCUCUCGAAAGAAACACUGGCUCAGUCGGUCUGGCCUCCGUUCUGUGUACCGAAACCGCAAAGAACCCUGAGAUUGCUGCUAUCCAGCAGCAUCAGGACCCCGCCUCUUCAGGCGCUGCUGCUCUAAACAAGCAGAUCACCCUCGACCUAGCUGUCCAGCUUGCCUCUAUCGGCGCUGAUCCCCAGCUCGCCCUUCAAUCGGGAACUUUUGCUCCUGGUGAUGUCGGAGAUCAGACCGGUGCUGGUAACACUUGUGACGUCGCAGACGACGCUGAGGGUUGCAUCUUUACCCAGAACCUCCUUGUUGAAGAUGCUACUGCAGAUGAGAUUGAUGCUGCCGUCGCUGCGGGUGGUGGCAAUGCCGACGCUGGUAACAACAAUGCCGAUGCUGGCAACGCCGCUGAUGAUGCCGCUGAUGAUGGAUGUGAGGCUGACGAUGGCUCCGCUGAUAAUGCCGACAACACCGCUGACGAUUCCGCUGAUGAUGGAUGCGAGGCUGAUGAUGGUGCUGCUGAUGACGCUUCGAACAACGAUGCCGGCAACAACAACAGCGGAAACGACAGCACCAACGGAGGUACCGCUACGACUGGUGCCAACGUCAACGCCUUCACCGGCAGCGUCGGCUCCGCCCCCGUCCCCGUAAUCAGCUCUACAGCCGACAAGCCCUUCUCCGUCAACGGCGCCGAAUUCCUCAACCUAGGCGCAGCCAUCCAGCGCGCCUGCGACGUACAAAAGAACGCUUGCGCUAACGCGGCUAACGGCGGCGACAAGACCAUCAGCGUAUCCGACUGCGACGCCCAGCAGCAGCAGUGCGUUGCCCAGAACGGCAAGAAGCGCCGCCAGUCCGUCGACACCGGGUCCUGCGGCUCGCCCGCUAUCUCCUUCGGACAGCAGGAGGACCGCGGCGACGAGGAUGCGUUUGCCCCGGUCAACAGCGCCGACUUCAACCACGGAUCCGCUCUCAAGCCCGCUGUCAUCACCGACUUCAUCUGCAGCCAGCUCCAGAGCAAGUGUGGCGCAUCGGCUGCUGCUGUUGCCCAGUGCCAGGAGGGCGCGGAGGCGGCGGAUUCGUUAAGCGGACAGGCUGCUGCUGAUGCGUUUAACGCUGCGGUAGGUGCUUAA